AACUUCGUUCUCAAAAUAUUCCUGUUUCACAAAAUAUGCUUAAAACAAAAUCACUUUCAAUAUAUGAACAGUUAAAAAAUGGUGGCAUAGAAUUUUCGACUAUAUUUGAGGCAUCUAAUGGCUGGGUAUAUAAAUUUCAGCAACAAUUUGAUAUUAGUUCAAAAACUAUAUCUGGAGAAAGUGCAUCAGCUGAUCAAGUUACAAUUGAAAAUUGUCAAGUUAAACAGCCAACGAUUCUUAUAGUUGAUAAUUGCAAUGCAUAUUCAAGUCCAAAAUUACAAAAUAUUAAAGUAGAAUUUUUACCACCUAAUACUACAUCAGUUAUCCAACCGUGUGAUGCCGCUGUUGAUACAAGUAAUGUUAAUGAUAUAAAUGAUCUUAAUCAAUUAUUAGAAAAAUUAGAGAUGCCAUAUAAUUGUACCAAAUUAUUAGCGAAAGAAUAUGUAAAUGUGGAUAAGGAAGUGCAAACAAUAGAUACACCAACUAAAGAGUCUAUUGUUAAAGAAGUUCUUAAAGAACAAGGUUUGAUUGAUAAUGAUAAUUCGAAUAGUGAGGAUGAAGCUGAGGAAGAAGUUAUAGAUGACUUGAUUACAUAUAAUGAGGGGAAAGGAGCAUUAGAAGUUGCAAAAAAAUAUCUUGAGCAAUCGCAAUUUGCUACUGAGAAUGAUAUUUAUUUGUUGCGACAAAUUAUUAAAAAGGCAGAAA